AUGGACGGCGAGGUGAUUCCGCUCGUCCCCAUCGAUAUCCGCGAAAACGAGUCGGGCGACGUCUUCAAGGGUGCAGAGCAGAAUGACACCGGCGAGCUCGAUCUGGACCUGGUCACGCAGAACGAGCUAGCGCCUCCCAUGCUCGAGUAUGCGGGCUGCCUUCGCAAGAAGGAGCUCAACGGGCUCUACCAGCGAUCCUCGCUCGCACACCGGUUUUCCUGGGCUCUUUUUUAA